AUGCGAGCUCAGGAGCCCAGCUGCUCCGGCCGGAGAUGCCGAGCAGGCGCGUCGCAUUGCGACGCGCCCGGCCGUUCCGUGACGAGAGCUAAACGAGGGGGGGGGGGGUUCCUCCUGGGGCACCCGCGGUUCUCCCACGGCGUUUCCACCGGCACGGAAGGCAAGGGGGGGCGCUAUUUCUGUCGAUGCGAAUCAGGGGCGCCCGCCCGAGCGGCGCGGAGUUGCCGCGGGGGAAGCCGCGCGAAACAUAAAUCGCGGCGCGCAGGGUUCGAAAAGAGGGCGAGGGAGACGGGACGCUCUUCCGUCACUUCGCACGGCGGCUGCGGCCCGGCUGUUACAAUCGGCUGCUGCACAUCAGCGGGUCGCCCGAAUGUGGAACGUGCGGUGGAAUGUGGACACUGGACCGUGCAGAGCGCGACGCCAUGUGAAAUGGAAUUGACACUGCAGGCACGGCGGAAAACGGCCCUCACGUGA